GGGCCCGGAUGCGAAUGACUUAGGCGACGGUAGUUUGAGAAAGUCGCGCAACUGAAAAGGUACCUAAGUUAUCUUUCUUGGGUGCAAGCAGGAUCAUUCAUGGCUUCACGAGGCUUUGCAGGCCUGAAAGCGGCUUUCACUUUGGGUACAUGCCUACCCCUCGUGAGAAGCCCCGCUUUAGCCUCUCUCGACCCAAUCGCGGCUGAUCGACAAGACGUGGCUUUUGGGGUGUAGAGACACAUUCUUUCCUUUUUCCCGCCAUCGCAACAAUGAAAAACUACGUACGUAAGAUGAUGAUGGGCAGAAAGCCACUCGUGCUACCUAGUCAAAGCCCAAAAAAGUCUCGGACAAACAUUGGAGAAACACAGUGUAUUCCAAGAUCCAUAAUGAACACUGCGCCAAUCGUUGACAACAGAAGACAGGCUGUACGAAGCUGUGUGCCGCUGAGCUGCCAAGGUCACUCGGUCACGCACAGCCCCUUCGUUCUGGCCCCAUCAUCGGCUAUGUCCGGGGCAGUUCACGUUGUACAGGACCCAGAGCAAGUUCUAGGCUUCAGCAUUCAUGGAUGCACACUUCGAUGCAAAGUGAGCCAGAGAAGCGACAGCGGUGGAUGCUCGCUGGCUAAGAUCGCGCCACGCCCCACCUCACCGGUGACCUACCUUAUCAUAAUACGAGAAUAUAAGGCAAAAUCGGGGGUCAUCGCCCUUGAGAGUCGCGACGGUGGGAUGAAGUAAACAAUACGCGUGGAUGCCCAUAGGUGAAAGCUUCGCACCUUCCAGGAUUUGAUUUAGAUCGCUGUCUGGCUUCCUUUCGCAUUAGAGCUAUGCUUCAAUGCGCUACGAUCACUGGACUAUGCCCAUUGAUUCGUCGG